AUGGCCCUGCUGACGGACCUUGGGCAGUUUGUUGCACAGCAUCCUUAUGUGGUGCUGUGCCUACUGCUGGUUUCUUUCUUCUCUGGCCGUUCGAUCUAUAGAUUAUACUUCCAUCCCCUUGCGAAAUUUCCUGGUCCGAAGCUGGCGGCAGUCACGCUCUGGUACGAAUACUAUUAUGAUGGAAUCAAGGGCGGCCAGUAUACCUUUGAGAUUCUGCGCAUGCACGAGAAAUAUGGCUCCCUGGAGUGGGUUAAACAAAUCCCCGAGUCUCACAGCCUAUUCGGAACAUCGGAUCAUGAUCAUCACCGACUACGCCGUUCCGCCCUCAGGCGAUUCUUCUCGAAAGCGUCUAUCACACAACUAGAACCACUUAUCGCGAAGAAGAUUCGGGACAUGUGCGCCAUCAUUGAAACCCAUGCAGGCACUGGUAAACCUGUCGCCAUAUCGGAGGCAUUCAGCUGUCUUUCGAGCGAUAUCGCUACGGAAUAUGCCUUUGGACGAAGCACGAACUUCAUUUCCCCUGACAACCCAAAGUUCGAGAAGAAUUUCCGCCGUACCAUCGAGACUGGUUCAAUGGUGGCGACACAUUCGAAGCAGUUCCCGUGGAUCCGGCCUCUGUCUAAGAUGAUACCGAUCGCCCAGGGGGUCGGAGAGCAGGUGAAAGCUCUCAUGGACAGAACGGCUAGCGGGAAAGAAGAGGGAGGCAACACCAUCUUUCAUGAGCUCCUUUCGGGACAGCUUCCUCCCCAGGAAAAAACCUUUAAACGACUCGAAGAGGAAGGCCAAUUAAUCGUUGGCGCUGGAACCGAAACAGUGGGAUGGGGUACGUCUUGUCCAACCCAGCAGUCAUACAUGUCUCUAAACCAUAUUGCAGCUCUUUCCGUGACGAUAUUUUAUCUUUUAUCCCAACCAGAAACUUUCGCCAAGUUGCGCGGGGAGCUUGAGGAGGCUAUCCCAGACCCAUCCAUCCUUCCGCCGGUAACGGUAUUGGAGAAUCUUCCCUAUUUGAUAAGUACCCCUAUUCCUCCUGUCGCAGUCAUCGCAGAAGGAUUGCGCUUAUCGUACGGAGUUGUCUCCCGUUCUCAGCGCAUCUCGCCUCAUGAACCGCUCAUAUUCAAGCCGGGACCGAAUUACCAGAAAGGCUGUACUGAAUAUGUGAUUCCUCCCGGACAGCCCGUGGGAAUGUCCUGUUAUAUAACUCAUCAUGACCCCGAAUUGUUCCCGGAUUCCCGCAAUUUCAAGCCUGAGCGGUGGCUGGACAACGAGGGGAAACGACAUCGGCAUCUAGACCCUUAUUUGAUGUCGUUCUCCAAAGGUUCCCGGCAAUGUAUUGGCAUUAAUCUUGCAUAUGCAGAGUUGUAUCUUGUGAUGUCGGCGGUGAUUAGAAUUUUUGGCGAUCGUUUUAAGCUGUUCGAAACUACACUGAAAGAGGUGGAAGCCAAAAGUGACUAUUUCUUACCGAUUCCCGAGAGCGAGAAGGGAAUUCGGGUUCUGGUGCGAGCAAAGUGA